AUGAAUAAAAGGUUGUCAACGAUAACGGCGACAUCUAUUAUUUGUGAAGAAAACGAUCCACAAUGUUUCAAAGGCAAGUCAAUCGAUUCAUUGAUUUCGGAGGAGACCCGGGAUGCUUAUUAUACAGGUAAUUGUCUGUCAGCCAUUUGUCGGCAGACAAUGAGCAAAAAUGGAAAGUGA